AUGGAGAAUGAAAUCGACCAUCUUCUCUGGAACGCUAAGCACAGCUUGUCGUUGCUAGAAGGACCCUUGGCCAAUGAACUUGACGGCGUGCUUGACGUCAAGUCUACCAAACUCAGCCCUGUCUACAAGAAGAUCGAAGAGACAAUUCAAGUGCUAGACAAACUUCUUAUCACCUUGACUCCUCCCCAUUUGACUCUUGUCGAUGGCAUCUUCGCAUUCACCAACAGCAAAGUCCUGCUAUGUGCAACUGAAUACAAGCUCGCUGAUCACAUCCAAAAACUCCAGCCUGUUUCCAUCCAGGACUUGGCCAGUGCUGCUGGUGUCCAUGAACUGGGUCUUUCCCAGGUCAUGCGCUACCUUGGAGAGAUGGGCUACUUCACCCAGGACCCUGUCACAAAGAAAUUCUCCAACAACCGCCUUUCAAGCCUCCUCCUAAACGACCACUGGACCACCUGGAUCGCUUGGGCCGACUUCUUCCCCCGCGAAUACUACGACCUCAUCUCCCAUCUCCCCUCACAAUUGAAGAUCGACCAGCCCAAGACCGCCACCGAGCUUUUCUACAAGACAGAUAAGCCAAUUUACCAAUACCUUGCCGAAACGGGACGAGUAGCCGAGUUCCACCGCGUGACCAAAACCGGCAGCGUGGCAGAAGCCCCAGGCCUACUCAACGAUUAUCCGUGGAAUGAAGUCUCUUCCGAAACUAUCAUGGACAUUGGCGCUGGCACGGGAGAUUUCAUCCGUGCAUAUCUGGAGCAAUACCCAACUGCUACUGCAGGUGCCUUUGAACUUCCGCAGACUGCUGACGUCUUGCAGACGCAGAUCCCAGCGGACGAUCCGAUUGCGAACCGACUAGUGGCUGUGAACCGGGGGGAUUUCUUCAAAGAUGCGAUUCCGGCAGCGACUGUCUACCAUCUGCGCUGGAUCUUACAUAACUGGAAUGACGAGGAUAGCAUCAAGCUGUUGAAAAGAAUUCGCGAGGCGGCCGUUGUAAAACCAGGGGUGACUCGUGUGUUGAUUGUUGAGUCUGUUGUGUUUGAGGGCCGGUUGGGCCGCGGAGCCAGGUAUGCAGAUAUCCGGAUGCUGGCAAGAUGCCGAAGCAAGGAGAGAACAUUGGAGGAAUACACAAACAUUGCGACGCAGGCCGGUUGGAAGGUAGAGAGGGUGGUUUCGCCUAGAGGAUGCUUGACGCAGAUCCUUGAGUUGAGACCAUCUGGUGAGGUGCUGGAUGGCAAUGGGCAUGUGAAUGGAAAUGGCACGCUGGAGAUCUGA